GUCGGUAGGGGACAGUGUGGAACGGUGCUUGCAUUGAACGACACCGAUUGGGUUAUCAAAAUACCCAAUUCUCCUUCCAAAGUAGAUGAGCUUUUUACCGACUACCAGAUUCACUACUCAGUAUACAGCGCUCUGGCGCCUCUCACCUCCGUAAAGAUCUCUGUCCCUCGGCCUGAAGCAUGGAUCACGCACGGGAAUACAAUCUGGUUUGUAACGGCUCCUUGCUUUCCUAAAGGAAGUCCACCUAUUCCAAACUACGGUCUCAUUUCGAAGCGCAUCUUGUCCGUUCCUCUCUGCUUCCGCGAAGACAUCGUGGACUUAUUAUGCCCCGAAGCAAUCAAAACCGAAUUUCUCGAGAGACAUGAGAAUAAGGAUUGCCUGGUCAGACUCUAUUUAGGUCGUCGCAGUUGCACGUCGCAUAGGGAAUCUGGAAACAUCCGGCUUCGUAACUUUCCACUUCACGUUAACGAGAUGAAACAACUCUGGUUACGUCCAGAAUCCUACACUAUUACCAUGGCACAGACUUUAGCUUUCCUCCACUGGAAAGCCGGCAUCGAUGCAAACGAUAUAGAAUUUGUUCUUGUAGGCGGACAUCUUGUUAGUAGUAGUUAUCCAAGCGAACAGGAAGUCCGUGCAGCUACAAAGCAUACAGCAGGGAGAUUGCAUGUGACCAAUAUCAGAAACCAACAGACAUCAAUGUGGCUACUGGACUUUAAUCAGUGCCAGCAUUUUGAGUACCACGCGGAUGGCGAGGCGGGGUGCAAGGAAGUAAUGAAGAAACUUGCCGAGGGCUUCUGGUUCAAUGAUCCCUACUACCCGCGCCCCAAUGCCACCGACGAUGAAGACAAGAAACUUUGGGAUAUCUUUGUAGAGCACUAUCUCAAAACGAGUGCGGAGCUUGUU